UAGAUGGCGCUGGCAUCUUUGCAAUGAUGGAAGUGUUUCUCUACAAUUCUACAGUUUGUAGAUUAUGUGGAGAAGAAAAUGAUAAUGGAACAUUGCUAUAUUCUUGUGAAGAAAAUACUCAAAACUUGGGUGAACUUAUCAAUACAUAUCUACCCCUGAAGGUAUCAGAUGAUGGCCAACUGCCCCGUACCAUCUGCCCCGGAUGUACUAUACAAUUGGAAGCUACUGUUGAAUUUUUUACUCUCAUCUACAAUGGCCAGAAAGUCAUCCGUGAACUUUAUCAAAGAGAGAAGGAGUAUAAAAGUAAUAAUGAAAUUUCCACCAUGACUGAAGAAAAUGUUUUAACGGACACAAUGGUCUAUGAAAUAACAACCGACGGCGUGUACCAAGAGGAGCACCCGGCGGCGCUAGCAGCCGCCGGUUUGGACAAGCCGAAGCGCAAGCGCGGCCGCCCGCCCAAGAAGACCAAGGCUAACAUGGAGAAGGCGCAGGCCCAGGAUACCGCCCUGAAGCAGGCGGAGCUACCCAAGACUGAGGCGGUGGAAACCACUGGCAAGCGGCGGAGGAAGACGCCCACGCGGUAUAAGGAAGCUGUUCAGGGCAAAGAGCUAGAGAGGAUAUUCAAAGAGGAGGGCGUGAUCGACGGAGAUGAAGACGAGGAAAACAAAGCCGAGGCCGAGCGCAAACGCCUGCCGAGAGAGCCCGAGGUCAUCGGCCAUAGAGAAGACUCUGGGGAACUCGUCGUGGUGGUUAAGGGCAAAGGCCGAGGCAGACCUAAGGGUCGCUCGCGCCAAGGUCCCCAAGAAUGCGACAUCUGCGGCCUCCAAUUCUCUUGCGUCGGCCGCUACAUGUCGCACGUGGCAUCGCACGGGCCGGUGCGCUACCGCUGCCGGGAGUGUGGUGCCACGCUGCCCACGCGCCUGCAGUUUGAACAGCACCAGGCGCGUGCAGGGCAUACAGGCCGCCUCGUGCUGCCCGCCGACGCGGACGAAGAGGUAGGUGGCCGCUGCAUGGUGGACGGACGACCUCGUGGAGGCAGCAGCCCGGUCGUCCAGGUAGCGACCAGCUGCCACGCGUCUGCAGUUUGA